AUGUUAGGUGAUCUAGAGAUCUCCUCCGUGUGGUACGUAGCUCUAUCGCUACUACCAGCAUGGAUUAUUUAUGGAGCCAUUUGGCGUCUAUAUUGGAGCCCACUGGCCGGGUUCCCAGGACCCAAGUCCGUGGCUUUGACCUUCUGGGUGGAAUUUUACUAUGAUGUGUUCAAGAACGGCAUGUUCAUGUGGGAGAUCGAGAAGAUGCAUGCCAAAUAUGGACCUAUAGUCCGCAUCAGCCCGGACGAGCUCCAUUGCAAUGACCCUGACUUCUUCGACACGAUAUACGCCUCGCUGCCAGAGCAACGCGACAAGUAUGAGAAGUUCACCCGAUCCCCCGACUGCAACAAUGCGACUGGAUUCACGGUCCAGCAUGCCCAUCAUCGACUUCGGCGCAAUGCUCUUGCCCCAUUCUUCAGCUACCGUAACACGGUGAUCCUGGAAGACCGCAUCAAGAGCUGUAUUGACCGGCUUUGCUCGAAUCUACGGGUCUACCGCGAUACACAACAACCGUUCAAUUUGACCGUGGGAUCGCUGGCCGCUACCAUGGACAUUUUCACCAGCUACAGUUUCGGCGAGUCCUUAGGCAUGCUAGAUGACGAGGCUAAGGCGCACAAAUGGCGUAAAACUAUCAUCCAUAUCAUGAAGGCUUUGCCUAUUGUACGAGCCUUUCCGUUCAUGGCGCGUCUGGUUCCCGUGUUGCCAGUGUCCAUGGCGAGAGUCAUCAUGCCGGAUCUCUCCGUUUUGAAUGAAUGGAAGCAGCACAUCCGUGAUCAAGUAGCAGACGUCCUCGCCUACAGAGGCCCCUAUAUAGAAGCAAAUCGCGACUCCAAACCGAAAACCAUCCUCGAAGAACUCCGCGAUACAUCCAAGCUUCCACCGGAGGAGAAAACUCUCCAACGGCUCUCCGAGGAGGGUUCGAUCCUGCUGAUCGCGGGCAGCGAAACCCCCGCCAAAGUCAACGCCAUACUCUUUUAUCACCUUCUCUCCAACCCCGACAAACUGGCUCGUCUCCGCGCCGAGCUCGCAACUGUCUACUCCGAGCCAUCCACCCCUCUUCCUUCUAUCACGACCCUCCAGGUCCUCCCAUACCUAACAGCGUGUAUCCUGGAAACUUUACGCCUCCAAAGCGGCGUCUCUGGCCGCUCGCCUCGUCUAGCAUCCACGCCUCUGCAAUACAAACAAUAUGUCAUCCCCGCUGGGACACCUAUCAGUUCGAUUUCUGUGUUCCAGCACUAUAACGAAGACGUAUUUCCAGAGGCAAAGAAUUUCAUUCCGGAACGAUGGCUCACGCAGGACGAGACGGUGCGGAAUGAUCUCAAACAGUAUCUUGUGGCGUUUGGCCAUGGAACCCGCAAUUGUCUCGGUCAACCCUUGGCGGAGGCGGAAAUGUAUCUUUUGGCCGCGGGGUUGGCAGCUAGGGUGGAGCUGGAGUUGUAUGAGACUGAUAUUGGGGAUGUUGAGAUUCAGAGAGAUUGGACGGUUCCGCAGGCUCGAUUGGGGUCGCAGGGUGUAAGGGUCUUGGUGAAAGAGGUGUAUUCGUGA